AUGGCCAAAACGGAAAUGAAUCGUGAAAACGGAAUGGCAUCGACUUUCUGUGGAACACCUGACUAUAUCAGCCCUGAGAUAAUCAAAGGGCAACUCUAUAACGAAGCCGUCGACUUCUGGUCGUUCGGAGUCUUGGUGAGUUCUUCAGCCGUUCCGCCAGACAGAGGGUAA